AUGGCCGCCGCCGCCUCCGCUCCCGCCGCCGCCGCUGCGGGGGCUCCCGCGGCUCCCGGGGCGCCGCCCACCGAGAGCAAGAGGAUCAGCGACCUGCGCGUCAUCGACCUCAAGUCGGAGCUCAAGCGGCGCAACCUGGACAUCACCGGCGUGAAGACGGUGCUCAUCGCCCGGCUCAAGCAGGCUAUUGAAGAGGAAGGAGGUGAUCCAGAUAAUAUUGAAAUAAGUGUUUCAGCUGACACACCCACCAAGAAGCCAACUAAAGGCAAAGGUAAAAAGCAGGAAGCUGAUGAAUUGACUGGUGAUGCUUCAGUGGAAGAGGACUCCUUUGUCAAGGUAAUAAAAGAAAGUGAAUUGGAGACUCAAGAUGCAAGUGAUCAAGAUGGAAAUGAUGAAUUGAAAGACUUCAAAGAAUCAGUUGAAGAUGAGAACUUGAAUUCUAAAGAACUACCAUCUUCAGAAAAGAAAAGAUACCAUGACCCGGAGCCAGUGGAGACAACAGAAGAUGUGGAGAAGGAUUCUGAAAGUCAGGAAAAUGAAGGUCCAGACAUAGAAGAUUACACUUUUCCAGCUGUCCAUGAUGGGGAAGAUGAAGAAAAUGAGAAAGAUAAAGCAGGUUCUGGUGAUGGUACACAAGAAGUAUCUAAACCUCUUCCUUCAGAAGAAAGCCUAGCUGAGGCUGAUCACACGGCUCAUGAAGAGAUGGAAGCUAACCCCUCUGUGAAAGAAGCUGAGGAUGAUAACAUAUCGGUUACAAUCCAGGCCGAAGAUGCCAUCACUCUGGAUUUUGAUGGUGAUGACCUCCUAGAAACAGGUAAAAAUGUGAAAAUUACAGAUUCUGAAGCAAGUAAGCCAAAGGAUGUGCAGGAUACCAUUUCACAGAGCCUGGAGAAGGAAAGCAAGGACUAUGAGGUGACUGAGAACCAUAAAGAUGGUAAGAAGGAAGACUCCGUGAAGGGUGAUCCAGUCAAGAAGGAAGCCAGAGAAAGUUCAAAGAAAGCAGAAUCUGGAGACAAAGAAAAGGAUACUUUGAAGAAAGGUCCCUCGUCUACUGGGGCCUCUGGUCAAGCAAAGAGCUCUACUAAGGAAUCUAAAGAAAGCAAGACAACAUCAAAGGAUGAUAAAGGAAGCACGAGCAGUGUUAGUGGUAGCAGUGGAAGUUCAACUAGGAACCUCUGGGUUAGCGGACUGUCUUCCAACACAAAAGCUGCUGACUUGAAAAAUCUCUUUGGCAAAUAUGGAAAGGUACUUGGUGCAAAGGUGGUCACAAAUGCACGAAGCCCGGGGGCAAAAUGCUACGGCAUAGUAACAAUGUCCUCUAGCACAGAAGUGGCCCGGUGUAUCGCACACCUGCACCGCACAGAGCUGCACGGACAGCAGAUCUCUGUGGAGAAAGUGAAAGGUGAUCCCUCCAAAAAAGAGUUGAAGAAGGAAAGUGAUGAGAAAUCUAGUUCGGGUAGGAGCGUAGGAGAUAAGAAGACUGCAUCAAGUGACAAAGCCAGCAAAACUCCGUCAACCAAAAAAGAAGAAAAGAAAUCAGAGAAAUCUGAAAAAAAAGAAAGUAAAGAAACCAAGAAAACAGAAGGUAAAGAUGAGAAGAGUGAUAAUGGAACAAGUGGCCCUAAUCAAGAAUCCACUAAAAAAACUGAAGAAAAGAAAAGAAUAAGUGGUAAAAGCCCAGGUCAAGUUGUAGUUUUAGACCAAACAAAAGGAGACCAAGGCCACACUAGGACAGUUAGAAGGGGAAGGUUUGAUAAACCACAGAUAUUGAGGAACAAAGAGCGUAUUAUUCAAGAGAAAGUGAAAUUCAGGGAAUACAGGGGUAGAAAGGAUAUCUUGCCUUUUGAAAAGAUGAAGGAACAGAGAUUGCGAGAACACAUGGUUCGGUUGGAAAGGAUACGACGAGCUGUUGAACUGCGAAGGCGAAGAGAAAUUGCAGAGCGGGAGCGGCGCGAGCGAGAGCGGAUCCGGAUAAUGCACGAGCGAGAAGAGUGCCUGCAGAGGGAAAGGGAGAGACUGGAAAUUGAGAGGCAGAAGCUGGAGAGGGAGAGGAUGGAACGGGAGCGAUUGGAGAGAGAGCGUGUUCGGAUUGAACAGGAGCGUCGGAAAGAAGCGGAGCGAAUCGCGCGGGAGAGGGAGGAGCUGCGGCGGCAGCAGCAGCAGCUCCGCUAUGAGCAGGAGAAGAGGAAUUCUUUGAAACGGCCACGGGAUGUAGAUCACAGGAGAGAUGAUCCUUACUGGAACGAGAGUAAGAAGAUGGCUCUUGAUACAGACGCACGUUUUGGCCAUGGCUCAGAUUACAGCCGCCAGCAGAACAGGUUCAAUGACUUUGAUCACAGAGAACGAGGCCGAUAUCCAGAAGGUUCUGUUCCAUCAUCUUCUUUUGAUAGGCGAGAUCGUUUUGUAAAUCAAGGUGAGGCAAAAAAGACUCGCCCAACAGCACGAAGGGAAGAGCCAGGCUUUGAGAGAUACCCCAAGACCUUCAGUGAGUCCAGAAGAAAUGAACCACCACAGGCAAGAAGCGAACUGCGGGACACGGACAGGCGCGAGGUGCGGGGAGACAGGGAUGAGAGGAGGACGGUGAUCAUUCACGACAGACCAGACACCCCUCACGGCCGACACCCCAGAGAAACCGCCUCCAACCCACCCCGGCAAACCAACUGGAAGGGCGAGGGAGGCAUCAGCACAGACAAACGGGAUGGCAGCAAUUUUUACAGAGGCGAGCGGCCGGAGCGGUCGGGAAGGGAAGUGUCCGGCCACGUGAGGGGAGCGCCGCCCGGGAGCCGCAGCAGCGCCUCCGGCUACGGGGGCAGGGAAGGAGAACGGGGCGUGAUGGGAGACAGAGGUGGAGGACAACACUACAACGAGGACAGACACGUCGUAGAACGCCACAGUCGUGAAGCUGGACCAAGGAAAGAGUGGCAUGGACCUAGUUCUCAAGGAAGUGGCUACCAUGACACAAGGAGAAUGGGAGAUGGCCGUGGAGGAGGGGGCAUGAUGGCCCCACAUACAAGUAACUCUUCACCCAUUAAUAGAGUUGUACAGAUCACAGGCAAUUCCAUGCAGAGGGGAAGUGGCUCAGGAUUUAAGCCAUUUAAAGGUGGACCUCCACGAAGAUUCUAAGAUCUACAGCUGUUUGGUUUCAAGAUAACUUAUUGAAAUUUCUUGUAAACUUUCUCUGAUUAAGAACAGGAAAUCUUGUCUGGAAAUCCUGGUUAAAUUUUUUAAUUUAACAUGAUUAUUUUCCUCUCAAUUUUGGAGGCAUUUUCAUAGUUACGUUGUAAUUUUGGAUAGUUUUUGUGUAUCUUUGAUAAGCAUUUUCCCUGAGGCACUAGAGCUGUGUAAAAAGACAUUGGAACCAAAAUAUUUGUUAAUUCUGUACAAAAGGAUAGUUUGCAGCUGUGUGCUAGUAGUUUGAUUUGCCAACAUUAGCUCUGUGGUGUCAUGCUUUAAGGUUAGCUACUUCUCACAACAUCCACAAUAACCUCCAUUUUGAAGGUUGUCCGGACUAUUAUCUCUGCUUUCUAAUUUGUAGAGAAAUAAGAUUUGUUCCUUCAUUACUGGGUAUUAUGUAACCUAUUUUUGCAGAAGGUACUGUUACAUUGAGUGCAUUUAUGUGUAUUCUUGCAAAUGUAUUCUUUUGAAAUAAACCUUCAUAUUCUGUAUAGCUUCUAGUAAGUCUUUAAAGCAGUCUUUGGGGAAGGCAGGCAGAAUUAAACAGACAUGUUGGCAUAGCAAAUCAAAGCAUGGGUGCGUUAGGUUCUAACUAAGACUUGUCUCCUUCACUGUUAGUGAAUUGACAGUAACAGUGUCAACAGAAGCACAUUUGCUCACAGAACAAAGAUUAGAACCAAAAAAUAGCAAAAUACUCAAGCAAGGCCCAAAGAAACAAUUUUAGUUUGCUCUUUGUGUUUAGCAAAGCUCUGUGGAAGUUUGAAGCAGCUGGGGUUUGACAUCAGAAACCACAAACUCCUUGCAGGGCUUGGGGACUCCUGCAGCUGCUCCUGAUGCAGCCCUGAGCAGAACGCUGCAUCUUGUUAAACCAUUUGGAUUGGGUCAGCAUGGAAGGGCCUGUGUUAAACCAGGCCCAAAGAGAAAUGCCAGGCAGCCAGGUCAGGACUCAUUCAGCACCCAGCCAGGGUAAGGGUACAGCCACAACUCUGCUGUUCAGCAAGGGAGAAAAGCAAUGAAUCCCACUUGGAAAAGCUGGGGGCUGGAUGGCUGCCCAAAUAACGGGGCACUCCUAGCAGAACAGAAGAGCUUAGGAAAUAGUCCUUGAAUAAGAGCUGGAAAGGUUCUGAUCCAGAUUGCCUGUGAAAGAAGGAUUUCAGUUACAUUUUUUAAGGCAUGAGACAGUAAGAAGAUGCUGAUUUCUGCUUGCUGUGUGGAAGAACUGCUGAACACCUGCAGUGUUCCAGGGGAAUCAAGAGCAGAGAAUGAGUUCAACUAAACUGGUUUUGAGUAAGCAGCCUUUCAGGAAGGAUGGAGAAGAGAGAAACUGAGAAACCUGCUGUGCAACAGCAUUGUCUCUAAUUAGUCCUAUAUGCAUAUUCACAUCUGAUAAAUACUUAAGUUUAAACAAAACAAAUGCAGUCUCAGUCAGUGUGUCACUUACCUUGAUAUAGUAAUACAUCUUAUUCAAGUCUUAAAAAUCUAGGAAGUUCAAUUUACUGAAUUUUGCUGCAGGAGUUUCCAGGAGGAAAUAGAAAUUCCCAGUGCAUUUUCCAAAGUAUUUGUGCAUUUUGCUGCAGUCUGUGCUCUAUCAGGUGUGACAACACACAAAAAACAGAAACCUGCUCCCAGAUGAAUUUAUAGUGGCUAAGGGAUUGAAUGGGCAAUUUCAAAGUUUAUAACCUUAAAAGACAAAGCUUUAGAGAGGUACAAAAGUAAAACUUAAGAUGUGCUUGGUUCCCUGUAAAAGUCUAGAUAUGCAUUCCAACAGUUACUUAAGUAAAUUAAAAAUGUGGUUGUGCAGGUGUAAUCAUUUCACCUAAAAUACUAAAACUCAGACAAUGGGGAAAAAAACUGAUUGAAAACAAAUUGCUGAAACCUUUGAAUUUCUCAAAAGCUGAAGAGCACCAGAAGUCUAUCCUUUUUUUCCAGAGUGAGUUUUUGUUGGGUUAUUGUUUGUUGGAUUUUUAAAUAUGUUUUUUAAAGUAUAUCAUCCAAGCUUUAUUAUUAGGAAAGAACUUAAAUAUCUAAAUGAAAUAUUUAUUUAAGUUUGCUCACUUAAAUUUAUUUACAUACAAUGAGUUUCAGAAGACUGUUAACCAAAAUAAAUCUCAGUUGGGUAAAGACCUUGAACUAGAGAGGCUGAUAGCAGGAGACACUAUUUAAAAGGUAACAGAUUUUAACAGCUUUGUGGUACAUAAACAAAAAGGGGUAUCAAGAUACAGAACUGGAUUUUUCUGAAAACUAUUUGUGUUCAAAAUUAUUUUAACAAUUUACAAGGAAAUGUUAUUUCCUUAUAGUCUUUAAAAACACAUUAAUACAAUAUAAACAAUUAAGGCUUUUAAAAUGCAAAACAUUCAGUAGUUGAACUUGUAGAUGCCAUUACAGUGCUGGAUAAUGGUGUCACAUGAUGAGAAGUAUUUCAUUCACAUACAUUGGUACAAAUGAUACUGCAUGACUAGAUUUAAUUGUGUCAUGCACCUCUAAAACACAAGUUAA